UUAAGCCGGUUUCAAAAAUAUCACAUACAUAGCUAUUGAAUAUUAUUAAAUUAUUAAUUAAAAGAGGUGCGUGCAUUAAAAUUUAAUAAAAUAAAAAUUCAAAGUAAAUUUAAGAGAUUUUGAAUUAAAAAAAAAAAAAAAAUACCAGACAAUAAAACAAAAUAUUUCGGAAGACACAUUAAAAAUUAUGGAAUCAAAAAUUGAAAAGAGGAAAAAUGUUGCAAAAAUUGUAACACCACGCCGAAUAUGUGUUGGUCCAGCUCAAAGAGGUUUAAUGCAUAGAUUUAUUAAAAAUCGUGCUCAAAGUUUAACUGAUCUCAAUAAUAAUAAUCCAUGUGAAAAGGGUAGCCCAAUAAAAUCAGAUGUUUUAUUGACGAAAAUUGGAAGUCCAAUAGUAUCACGUGAUGAAAAAAAAUUAAAAUAUCAUUUAUCAAUAUAUUCACCAAAACCAGUUUCAAUUUGUAAAAGUGAAUCUCCAUCUGUUGAAAGAGAUGCAAAUGGAAAACCUAUAAGACGUGGUUAUAUACCAGCCAAAGAAAAAAUUCAAUUGGAAUUGAAUGAUUUUCGAAAUCGUGAAGCCGAGUUACGAGAAAGUCGUAAAAAUUCUUUAAUGAAUUUACAACCAGAUUUAUUGGCAUCAAUUAAGACAGCUGAUCUGAAUGAUACUAGAGAAUCUAUUGAUGAAACUUGUGACAAAUUAAAAUAUUCGGUAUCAAUUUCGGAAUUAAGUGAAUCUGUUGAUUCAAUUUUUUCAGAUUUUGGCGAAACUAUGAGUCCAAAUGCAAGUUUUAAUUAUCAUAAAAUCCAUAAAUUACCACAGAGAAGAAGUUUGCCAUCAACUGUUAAAAAUUUAUUUGAUGAAAUUUAUCCGAAACCUGAGGAAGAAGAAUUAAUGUCAUCGAAAAAAUUGAUAGCAAAAUGGGAAAGUAUUAUUAAAGAAAGUGCUAAAAAAUGAUUUUAAGCAAAUUAAAAUUUAUUUAGAAUCUUUUUAUAAGAUUUAUUAAAAGAUUUUGACGACACACGAUUUGUUUUUUUUUUUAUAUAUUUUAUAUAAUUUGAAAUCCAAAUUUGACAAAAAGCGAAUAAUCGCUUGUGAACAUUUUAUUGCAUUAUUUGGAUAAAAAUUGUUAUAUCAUUCGAUAUUAUUUGUAUAAA